AUGGCUUCAGUAGUAGCAGACUUGACAUGGCUAUUAGGAAUGCUCAAAGAAAUUGGUCUCAAGUUUGAACUCCUAGUAACUAUUUACAGUGACAACAAAGCUGCAAUUCAAACAGCAACUAAUCCAGUUUUCCACGAAAGAAUAAAACAUAUUGAGAUAGACUGUCAUUUUAUAAGAGAGAAGAUACAACAGGGACUUGUGAGGACUGAAUAUAUUAAUACCAACGAGCAGCCAACUGACAUUCUUACAAAGGGGCUAAACAAAGUUCAACACCUGCACUUAAGGUCCAAGCUAGGGUUACUUAAUAUAUUUACUCCACCUAGCUUGAGGGGGAGUAUUGAAUAUAAUGACAAGAAUGGGAAGGAAAACAACUUUCCUCCAUUUUUAAAGAAAAUGGAAAAGACUUCCAAGACCGUUCCCCAGAAAGAAACUCCUUCAACUUCGCGACCGACUACUGAGACCGAUGAGACCGUUUCUCGUGCUGCCGUCGAUGAACCAGUACCUGAACCCCCUUUGAAAAUGUUCAUCCCCGGGGGAUGCUCGGUCAACAUCAAUUUCAAUGUUGAAAAGCCUUCCUCCGUACAAGGCCGGUGUGAUGAGCCGUUGCUCGGGUCCCAAACGCUGUCCCUCGACUCAAGGAGUGGGUUGAGGGUAUCGUAUCAUAGAUGCCCUAUUCCGAGCACACAUGGCGCAAGUUCUCAAAGGGCCGUUGGGAGGCUCGGUCCUACGGGGGCCACUAAACUAGAGAUCCGUGAGGCCGAUCUGCCGCAAGCUAGGGAGGUCGAUGAGGGGACCAGGGCCGAGGCUUCCCGAGAUGCGGGCAGUUCCUCGAAGGAGGCAUUCAGUGUGAUAGACAUCACCGAGUCACCCUCGUUCAUCGAGUCCAUGUACAACGAGGCUCAAAUGGUGAUAGAGUGCCCCAAUUAG